AGACAGACAGAGGGGAGACAGGUGGUGAGGGUGUCAGAGUCCACUCAUAAACUCACCAGCCGGUCCCUGUUUGUCCUGAACCCGUCUCACCCACCUCACCUGUCUCGCCUCACCUGACAGUCGACGGGGCUGAUCUGCACUGCCGAUGUUUCUGGCAGAUAAAAACACUAAACACCGGAACCACCAGCAGCAUGAACCCAACCAGUACUUUUCCAACAAGUGACGCUGAAGCUUCCUUAAGUACCUGGACGACAAACACGUCUCUCGCUGCGCCGUACGCUAAUCAAACAGAAGACAAAGACGCAGGAGGACACAACGUAGCCAUGGCAACAGCAGAUGGUCACUCAGCAGGCGAUAAAGAGGAGGAAGAGGAACGCAGGAAGGAAACGUCUGCUGCAGGUGAAGAAGGAGACACGCAGCAGGUGUUUGACUUCCAGCCAGCAGGAAGUGAAGAGUUCGAGGCGUCUGACUCCGAGAGGAAAUCAUCGACAUCGAGCAGGAACAGACCAGCUCGUCCCAGAAGUCUGUCUCUGUCUCGACCAAAGAAGAAGAAAGUCCUGACGGCUCCAGAACUCAGCCUAUCGUUAGGAGGCAGCGAGUCGAUGGCGUCUGAUGACUUCGCCUCAGGCUUCUUGUCCCCGUCACUGGAUGAGGUUGACGACACCGGACUCGAUAUCGACCUGGAUGCCAUGGAGACGCCCUCAGACAGUGAAUCACUGCACUUCCCCAUCUAUGACCUGAACCUGGAAGACGACCUGCAGCGUCUCGGCGUGGCUUCCAGUCACCACAGAGGAAUGGGCUCCAGGUCCAGGUCACACUCCAGGACCGGUUCUCUCCCAGGGGUCGAUCAGAGUGGACUGGGAGCUCUGGAUAAGGAGGAUGUGGUGGACGAGGAGGGGACCAGGUGGCGCUGCUUCUCAACGAGUGACUCUCCACAGGAGUCUCGGGUCAAUAUGAGCGUUCUGGAGCCGUUCCUGAGGGUCCUGUCACACGGAGGUUACUAUGGCGACAGUAUGAAUGACAUCAUCGUGUUUUCCUCCUGUUACCUGCCAGAGAACACCAUAGAGAAUUACCAGUAUGUGAUGGAUAACCUGUUCAGGUUCAUUAUUGGGACUCUGGAGCUGAUGGUAGCAGAGAAUUAUGUGAUCGUGUAUCUUUGUGCCGGAGGACAGAAGGACAAACUUCCUGGAAUCAGCUGGCUGAAGGACUGCUACACCACCAUCGACAGGAGGUUGAGGAAGAACCUGAAGGGUUUCUUCGUGGUUCAUCCCACCUGGUACAUCAAAGUUCUGGUGACCAUCAUCAAACCCUUCAUCAGCUCUAAGUUCAGCAGGAAGCUCCAGUUUGUCCGCAGCCUUCAGGAGCUUUCUCGCCUCAUCCCUACUGAGCACGUGCAGAUCCCUGAUUGUGUCACACAGUACGACCAGAACCAGACCAGGUGAAGUUCAGGUGAUGCUCUGAACACUGGCAAUAUAUUUACCUGAACAGCUGCAGGUCCACCUCCCAAAGCAGGAGGUGCAACAUCCUCGAGGACACGCUGAGUCCGCGGCAGCAUCAGGCGGAGAUGAAGAACAAGUGUUCUUUAGAGUUUUUAUCGUGGAAGCAGUGUUGGUGGCCACUUUGGUCCCAGAUAUUUAAGUUUAAAGACAAAUGAACUUGGUAUUACGUAUUUUAAAAGAAA